UCAUAAUUAACUACAAAAUCAGUCUUUAACCAUUCAAGACAUGCAUCACUGCUCUAACAAAAUGGCUUCAUCCCCUGACAAAAUCUCUCCAGAACUCCCUGUAGUCCUGAUUCUUAAACCCCCGGAGGUUUUCAAGGUCCACGAGGAACUUUUCUGCCAGAGAUUCCAUUUUCUACGAGCCUGGGAAUCCACACUUCCCACUGACCAGUUCCUUACUACUUAUGCUCAGUCCAUUCAAGCACUCUUCUGUAACUCUUUUACUCCCAUUCCUGCUCAUGUCAUCCGUCUGCUUCCUUCACUUCGUCUUAUAGUUACUAGCAGUGUUGGCGUCAACCACAUUGAUCUCCACGAGUGUCGGAGGCAGGGGAUCAAGGUGGCUAAUAUUGCUAAGGUAUUUACAGAUGAUGUUGCAGAUAUUGCAGUGGGGUUAUUGAUUGAUGUGCUUAGGAAAGUGAGUGCUGGUGAUCAGUAUGUUCGUUCUGGUUCUCGAAUUUGGUCUGAUUUUCCUCUCGGUUAUAAGUUGGGAGGCAAACGAGUCGGGAUUGUUGGACUAGGAAGUAUAGGCCUGGAAGUCGCGAAAAGGCUUGAAGCAUUUGGUUGCAUUGUCUCAUACAACUCGAGGAUGAAGAAACCCUCGGUUCCAUUCCUACAUUAUGCCAAUGUCUGUGAACUAGCUUUAAAUUCUGAUGUACUCAUCAUUUGUUGUUCAUUGACAGAACAAACCUACCACAUGAUUAAUAGAGAGGUCCUGUCAGCUCUGGGGAAGCACGGGUUCAUUGUAAAUAUAGCACGAGGGAGUAUCGUUGAUGAGAAAGAGCUGGUGCGGUGUUUAGUGCAAGGAGAGAUUGGUGGUGCUGGUCUUGAUGUGUUCGCUGAUGAGCCUAAUGUUCCGGAUGAUUUGUUUGAACUGGAGAAUGUUGUUCUGUCACCACACCGCGGUGUCUUUACAGAUGAAACUAUGUGGGAAUGCUAUGAGCUUGUUUCAGGGAACUUGGAAGCUUUUUUCUCUAAUAAGCCCUUACUGACUAUGGUCCACAAUGAUGACUGAAUUGAUUAGAGCUGUUCACGAACCGAGCCGAGCCGAGUUUUGACCGAACCGAGCCGAGCUUUAAUUUUUUUUCUGACGAGCCGAGCCGAGCUUUUUAAUCGAACAAAAAUUGUGUUCAAGCUCGGCUCGUUAACUAACGAGCCGAACACGAGCUUGUUCGCGAACAAAUACGAGCCGAGCCGAGUCGAGUCGAGUCGAGCCGAGCCAGAAAAAAAUAAGGACAAACCGCUAGUUGACUCUUAAAAUAGCUAACCUAAUAAUUUUAAUUUUUUUUGAAACUUUGUUUAUAUCACUAAAAUGUAUAUAUGUUAACAUCCAUACAGUUGGAUCGGUAAAAAAUAUUUUUUAAAAUAUUGAAACACUAAAUUAGGAUUAAACACUAGUUAGCGGUACUAGUCAAACUUCUACUUGCCUGUUAAAAACCAAAUAAAAUUAUUAUUUCCUA